AUGCAGCCCAUAGCGGCGCCACCCAGAGCUGUAGUGGCACCUACUCGGCCAGUAGCUAUGGAGGAUUUCAUGAAACACCGGCCGGCCAAGUUCUCUGGCAAGGCCACUCCUGACGAGGCAGAUGCUUGGAUGCGGGAGUGUGAGAAGAUCUACGCAGAGUAUUGGUGGCAGGGGAUGCAGCAGUUGAUGCAGACCCGUGGGGAGCAGGUGACGUGGACUGCCUUCAGGACGAGGUUCCUGGAGAAGUACUUUCCCGACAGUGCGAGGCACGAACGGGAGGCAGAGUUCCUUACUCUUCAGCAGGGGACUAUGACUGUGGCGGCUUAUAUCGAGAGGUUCGAAUACCUGGCGCGUUUCUACACUCCAGUGGUUACUGAGGAGUGGAGGUGUAGGAGGUUCGAGGGCGGAUUGAAACAUGAGAUACGCCGCUUCAUUGUGCCACUCCGGAUUAGAGAGUUUCCAGUUUUGGUCGAGCAGGCCAAAACUGUGGAGCAGCUGGAGACUGGAUCGAGUAGUGGGGGAAACAGCAGAGGACUACCUCAGAUGUCAGAUCCUAGAGGAAACCUUAUAGCAGACCGCCGACUAUCGGGGAAGAUUACGCAGACAGGGCACUUUGCACGUCAGUGUCCUAACAGGAGACAAGCUGGUGGUGCGCCAGCUACGAGGCCAGUAGGAGACCGACCCAGAGCACCGGGGCGUGUGUUCGCUUUGACGACCACAGAAGCGAAACAGUCAGGUAAUCUUUUGCAGUUUCUGUGUUUGUUGUAUGACCACGAGGUAGUGGUGUUAUUCGACUCAGGAGCCACUCAUUCAUUUGUGUCUAAUGAAUGUGUGAGGAGGCUCGGGCUCACGAUGCGAGAGCUGGGGUGCGAGCUUUUAGUUGCGACGCCAGCGUCUGGAGAGGUAUCCACCACUUCUAUGUGCGUGGGGUGUCCUAUGGAGGUGGCAGGCCGUAGGUUCAGGUUGAACCUUAUUUGUUUGCCGAUGGAGGGUUUAGACGUGAUUCUGGGCAUGGAUUGGUUGUCAAGUAACCAUGUCGUCAUUGACUGCGGGCAGCGCAAGAUAGUGUUUCCAGAUACGGUGGGGUUAGAACUUAUCUCGUCGAAUCAGGCAGUGAGGGAGAUUGAGGCUGGAGCUACAUGUUACAUGAUUGUGGCUCAGGCAGAGAAGAUGAGCACGGCUGAGAAGAUCAGCAGAUCCCGGUAG